AUGCACUCCACAAGGUCUGAGAGUCAUUGGCUAUACGACUGGCAGAAGAGUGGUAAUAACUGCAGCUACAACGAUGGAAGCACCUUAAACACUCUUAGUGAUCCUUAUACUAGCAUUUAUAAUAUGCAUGAGGUGCAGCAAACUCAUUGUUGUUAUUCUUCUUCUUAUUCUUCACCACCACCACCACCGGUAGAUCAACGUGAAAAAUUAGAAGCAACAACAACAACAACAUCAACACCAACUUCAAAGGGAAGCGAAACAGUAAAGAUGAAUAACGAAACUUAUUUUUUGACCAAUUUUCACUAUCCAAAGUUUACCGAAUAUGAAACUGGAAAGAAACGUAUGUGGUCUUUAGAUGAUUUUGAUAUUGCACGUAAACUAGAUGAAGGACGUUUUGGUAAAAUUUAUCUUGCACGUGAGAAGAGUACAAAGUGUGCGGUAGUGCUUAAAUGUCUUUCAAAGAAUAUGAUACGUUAUCAUAAUCUUUUUCAUCAGUUAAGACGUGAGAUAGAAUUACAGGAAUAUUCAGGACGUUACCAUCCUCAUAUUCUCCGACUUUUUGCAUACUUCUGGGAUGAUAUGAAUAUUUUUUUAGUUUUGGAGUACGCUGAAGGAGGAAAUUUACAGAUGCUUUUAGAAAGUCGAGAAAAUCAGCGACUCUUAGAAGAUGAGGUACGUGUUAUUUUGCGACCACUCCUCUUAGCAUUAACAUUCUUGCAUGAAAGAGAUAUUAUUCAUCGAGAUGUAAAACCAGAAAAUAUAUUAUUUAAAUCGAAAGAAGUAAAAUUAGCAGAUUUUUCAUGGGCUGUACGUCUUAACCAGGGAGAUAUACGCUAUAGUAGACGAUAUACAUUAUGUGGAACUUUAGAUUAUCUUUCACCAGAACUUAUUUCAAGACGUGGUUGUACCACAAAGGCAGAUGUGUGGUCUGUUGGUGUACUGGCAUACCGUAUGUUGUGUGGUCAAGCACCAUUUGAACACCAAUCUGCAGGGGAAACAUGUAGUCGUAUUACAAGAGGUAAUAUAUACUAUCCGGAAUAUCUCUCUAUAGAAGCACGUGAGUUUAUUGCUGCACUUCUAUGUGUGAAUGAGUCUAAACGAAUUUCAUGCAUGGAGGCUUUACAGCACCCAUUUAUUCGAAAUGAGAGAUCUAAUUCACGUCCAAAUGGAAUGGAUACAGUUCUUCCAAGUCCAGUAAGUGUGGACUGUUCAGCUACACCCUUACAUUGGGAAACCGCAUUCACAGAAUUUCCAGUACCUAGUCCUGAAGUAUUUCAACAACAACAACAACAACAUCAACAACAACAGUACGAACAAAAACAGUACAAUCGAGGAAGAGAAGAAGAAGAAGAAGAAGAAGAAAAAGAAAGAUAUUAUGAGCAUGAAUAUAGGCAUGAUCUUGAAAAUAAUCAAGAUCAUCAGGAAACGCAAAAUAGUUUCUUAAAUUUAACUCUUGGACGAACUCCUACUGCUGUCUCUACUGGGAAUAAAGUAACAUCAGCAGCUCGAAGUGCUUCUGUUUCUGGUGCUAGCUUUGUUACAGUUAGUUCAUCACAUUCAACAGAUUAUAUUCCAAAUUUACGAAGUAUGAGUAUCCCUAGUAUUUUAUCUGUUUCACAGAGUGAUUGGAUUCCUUCAGUUGUUUCUACUACUGCUAUUUCUACUACUAAUACUACUAUUAAUAAUGCUGCUACUCUUGUCGCUGGGGUGACUUCGAAGAGUGGUUCUGAAGAUGUAGGAACAUCUACUCAAGGGGCAAGUUAUAGUCGACCUCAUUUGCAUUGUAGUGGAAGCGAUAGAAGCGGAACUACAUUUACACAACAUGGGACACUUUUAGCUCCUUCAUCUCCCACGUCGCUUUAUGUUGUUCCUCACUAUACCGGAGCUGGUGGCAUUUACACCGUAUCUCGAGAAGAGGAAGAAGAAGAAGAAGUAGAAAAUAACUGCGUUGUUCGACUGCGUUUCGAUGAUAGUAUUACAUCUCUUUCACAGCUCACAAAUGCAUCAGAAAGUACACUAUAUGAUCAAAUAAAUGAAUAA